AUGCCCUCCCCAACCAUCCCCUCCUCCUUCCUCCGCGGCCCGGCCCCGCCCACCGUCAGCACCUCGCGCAUCGACUUCGCCUUCACCCCCGUGCCCGAGUACGCAAACUGCUACGCGACCGUCAUCGACGACGCGCUCACGCCGUCCGAGUGCGCCACCCUGCUGCGGCUGGCGGCGGCGGCCAGCACCAGCACCAGCACCAGCACCAGCGCUUCUUCCACCACCACAGCAGAAGCAGCAGCAGCAGGAGGAGGCGGCAUCUGGGAGCGCGCCAUGAUCAACACGGGCGGCGGGCGGCAGGCGAUGGCGGUGGACACGCGCAACUGCGGGCGCAUCAUCUACGACAGCGAGGAGCUGGCGGGGCGGCUGUGGGCGCGGGUGGCGCCGCUGGUGCCGGAGCUGGCGGUGCUCGAGGGCGAGCGGUGGGCGGUGCCGCCGAAUGCGCGGAUGCUGGAUGGAGGGGAGGAAGAUGGGGAUGUCGGCUACGGCAGCGCGCUGCACGGGCGGCAGGUGCAGCGCGGGGAGCGGUGGCGGUGCGCGGGCCUGAACGAGCGGCUGCGGUUCCUGCGGUACGUCGGCGGCGAGUACUUCAAGCCGCACUGCGACGGCGCGUACGAGAGGGGGCGGGGGAAAGAGGGGGAAGCGAGCCGGCCGGUGGAGCGGUCGUUUUUCACGCUGCACCUGUACCUCAACGACGGCGAGGAGGUGACGGGCCAUGCCGAAAGGGAGAGGAGGAGCCCGUUCAUCGGCUGCGUCGAGGGCGAGCCUGAGGCCCCGCUGAAGGGAGGCGCUACUACCUUCCACAGCACGGAAAACUGGUUUAGCUUGUCGUUUGGCGACCCGGAUCCUAAAAUUAUACAGAAGAGGGUGGAUGUUGUGCCGAGGGUUGGGAGGAUCCUUUUGUUUCAGCAUCGAAACAUGGUGCAUUCUGGAGAUGACGUGUUGGAUGGGGUCAAGUACACAAUGAGGACAGAUGUGAUGUUUACUAAGGAGGUAAAGGAGGAUCAGGAAGAGUGA